ACAGCAGCGACCUGCAGCCGCGCUUCUCCCGCUGUCCAACCGCUCCUCUCCUCCUCACCUACUCUGCCCUUUGAAGACACCUACUCGCCGCUGAGAAGGGAUAUUGUGCUCGUUUUUUCUGGGGGAGUUUUUUUGUUUCUCCGGUUCAUGGAUGGAGUCGUCCCCGCAGGAUUCGGUGAGCGAGCCGGGCAGGAGCGUCUCUGAGCCCGCUACACCAGCCGCGGAGACGCCGGCGAGCCAGCAGCUGGAGACUCCGCACCCGGCACCGGUCAGGACUCACGGCGGCUCCAGCUCCAAAGGUUUGUCAGCAGCUGUGAAGAAAACUCACUCAUCUCAAAUUGAAAUCAUCCCCUGUAAGAUCUGUGGAGAUAAAUCAUCAGGGAUCCACUACGGAGUGAUCACCUGCGAGGGCUGCAAGGGCUUCUUCAGACGGAGUCAGCAGAGUAACGCCACCUACUCGUGUCCUCGCCAGAAAAACUGUCUGAUCGACCGAACGAGCCGGAACCGCUGCCAGCACUGCCGUCUGCAGAAAUGUCUGGCUGUGGGAAUGUCCCGAGACGCUGUAAAGUUUGGUCGCAUGUCUAAGAAGCAGCGGGACAGUUUGUACGCUGAGGUCCAGAAGCAUCGUCUCCAGCAGCAGCAGCAGCAGCAGCAGCAGCAGCAGCAGCAGCAGCAGCAGCAGCAGCAGGGAUCCGUCCUCCUGAGCCGACCCAGCAUCGGCAGCCCGAGUCCUGGGGAGGCCGAGUCUCUGUCCCCCCAAUACACGCUGUCCUCCAGCGGCCUCACGGAGCUGCCCGACAAGGCCGGACGCUUCCUGGAGCAGGACUCACCUGAGGGAGGCUCUCUGUCAUCCAAGGCCGACUCUGGUGGAGGAGGAGGAGACGGUGGAGGUUUCUACCUGGACAUCCAGCCGUCUCCUGACCAAUCAGGGCUCGAUAUUAAUGGCAUCAAACCGGAGCCGCUGUGCGACUACGGGUCCAGUAACGGAUUCUUCCCGUACUGUUCCUUCAGCAACGGAGACGCUUCGCCUACAGUGUCCAUGGCUGAACUCGAUCACCUGGUCCAGAUCAUCUCCAAGUCUCACCUGGAGACGUGUCAGUACCUGAAGGAGGAGCUGCAGCAGAUGAGCUGGCAGAGCUUCGAGCAGGACGAGGUGGAGACGUACCAGAGCAAGCCGAGGGAGGUGAUGUGGCAGCUGUGUGCCGUGAAGAUCACCGAGGCCAUCCAGUACGUGGUGGAGUUCGCCAAACGCAUCGACGGCUUCAUGGAUCUCUGCCAGAACGACCAGAUCGUCCUGCUGAAGGCUGGUUCUCUGGAGGUCGUCUUGGUACGAAUGUGUCGGGCGUUUGACUCCCAGAACAACACGGUUUACUUCGAUGGAAAGUUCGCAGGUCCUGAUGCCUUCAAAGCUUUAGGGUGUGAUGAUUUGAUCUCGUCGGUGUUUGACUUCGCUAAGAGCAUGUCUUCGCUGCACCUGUCCGAGGACGAACUCGCUCUGUUCUCAGCGUUCGUUCUGCUUUCUGCCGAUCGGUCGUGGCUGCAGGAGAAGCUGCAGGUGGAGAAGCUGCAGCAGAAAACUCAGCUGGCUCUGCAGCACGUUCUGCAGAAGAACCAGAGGGAAGACGGAGUUCUCAACAAGCUCAGAGCGAAGGUGUCGGCGUUGCGUUCUCUCUGCAGUCGCCACACAGAGAAGCUCUCAGCGUUCAGAGCAGUUUAUCCCGACAUCGUUCGAUCACACUUCCCUCCUCUGUACAAGGAGCUGUUCGGAGCCGACCUGGAACUCGCUCUGCAGACCAGCGACUGACCGACGUUCCCCGCAGGACCGAGCUUCUGGAUCCAGAUCCUGGUUUCUACGGACCCAGAGGACGGACCGGCGACGCUCGCCUCCAGAGACAGUUAGUGUUUGGACGCUGAACUCCUCCUGGACAAACAGAGACACCAACUCGUGCAGAUUCAGCGAGGAUCAGGUGGUUUUCUCUCUCCACCUUCAUUGACACAUCCAGGAUCACGGACCUGGAUCAGACUCACUCUGACGUUAAAAAGCACUUUCAGUUCUCACACUGAAACCUGGUUUCUGUUUCCUUCACCGGAUUAUAAAGACACAUUCAGUUAUUUUACUUCAGAAACACGACGACUCUUUGCAGGAUUAACGGUUGUUGACCAAUAACCAGCUCAAAGGACCAGACUCAUGCAGCUAAACUACUUUAACACAGCAGUCAUAUGGCAUAAAGACAAGAAGUUACUGUAAUUAUUCCUCCUCUGCAUACUGACAGCACAGUGACAACAGUGUAAAGGAUAAAUAACAAAAUACACAGUUCACCUGAACUAAAUAUGAGGCUUUGACGGUCUGACUUGCAAUGCAUUGAAAAUUAAAACAUCAUGAAAAAGUUAGUUUUUUGCAUAAUUUAAUAAAAAAAAAGGUAGACUUUUGUAUCUUCUGUAUUAAUUACAUGUAAAGUAAAAUCUUAAAGCCUUUUUUGUUUUAGUUUUGAUGAUUAUGGCUUAAUAGCUCAUGAAAAUCAGAAAUCCAGUGUCGCAAAAUGUUAGAAAAUUCUCUAUCAUCAAUCCAAAAAAAAGGAUUUACAAUACAGAAAUGUCCAAUUGGCACAUUAUACAGCAAGUCUGACCCAGAGUUUAAACUGCUGUUAUAAUGGUUUUUUUUGGUUUUUUUAAAAUAAAUUAAUGCCGUACUACUUCUGUAACAGUCACACUUUUCAUAGUACUGUUACACAUUGAAUAUUGGACUGAAGAUUCACUUUAUAAAGUGAUAUUGCAAAUAAAACUGCAAUAUCUUUCCAAAAAAAAUGCAGUUAAAUCCACAUUUUUAUCCUAAUUGGUUAGAUCCUGUCUGAAACAGAAAAGAAAAAAGAAAUAUCAGCAAAAAGUGAGAUCUGUGUGGAGUAAUGAGGAAACCUUUCACGUGUUAACGUAUAAACUUGACAAAUGCCACAUUUCCAUCAUUUCCUCUGCAUUACUUUUAACUCCUUUUCUUCUGUAGUUUAAAUAUCCAGCAGUGACCUAAAACAUUAGUUGACGAAUGGUUUUUCACAACAAUGAAACUAAUGAAACUUCAAGAAAAAAUCAUUUAAAAUAAAAGGUAAGAUAGUUGAUUUGUAUGUUUGAGAUGCGAAAAUCAGGUUAUUUCUGACAUUUUUACCUCAAUGAUAAAUGAUAAUGACAAAAUAGUUUCCAGUGAUUCCACUAAUUUGUCAAGCGUCUUAUCAGUCUGAGCAUUUGGGCUCUCUUUAAAUAAACUAAUGGGUGGUUCCAUUCAAAACAAAGCAACAGAUUUUAUUAACUUCUCAUAUAUUUUGUAUUUAAAAAGCAAAAUUGUUCAGGGAUUAAAGUUUUCACAUUAAGUGCUAUAAAAAGCAAGAUUAUUUCCUCUGAAAUGUAGAGAACAAUAAAAAAAAUGUGACUCACCACCUGAUUAAGCCUCAUGUUAGAUUCAGCUGAACUUUAGAAACAUCCCAACACAGAACGAAGGCUGUAGGAGUCAGUAUGAAGAGAAGGAACGAUCACAGUCUCCCUAUAUGAGUGUUGUGUUCAUGUAGAUGUGAAAAUCUAAUCUAAAGAUUGACAGCAAACAGCUCAUUUUUGUUGUGUACUGAUCAGGUAACACUGACUGAUAAUAAUUAGUCAAAGCUGGAACUCUCAUCCACAUUACUGAGGAGGUUUUUCAACCCAAAACUAUCACGUCUACAGAUAUCUAAAUAAAAAAGACAAGUUUUGGAACUAGAUUCAGCUCAACUAGAAAACAGUUGCCCCUUUUACACCAGGGCAGUUGGGUGAAAAAUCUGAAACUGGUUCUAUAGCAGGCAAAGAACCGGAUCUCUGGAGGAAAACUGGUUCCACUGGUUCCAAAGCAGCACCAACACUUCACUGGUCUGCAGCAGCUAUUCCUAAACUUUUCAACCCCCAAAAUAACGCUGCUAGAGACCCCCGAUCCCCAACGGUCACCUAAGCAGGUUGGCCAAUCCAAACACAGAACAACAACAUCCAACAGCCAAUCUAACAUUUUAUAGUCUGUAGUUCAGGGAGAAACUGAUCAACUGCUGCCCAGAGAUUUAUUAAAAAUCCGUCCAAUGAUCCAAUUAAAGCCAUGAAAUGGUGCACAGCCCCCCUCUAGUGCAGGCUGGACAAACACACUGAUGUCAACACUUCAGUAAAAUCUCUACUUCCUUCUCUGUUUGUUGCUUUGCAUCAAAUGCAUGAUUUCAGAUUUCUGUUGUUUUAUUUGGAUUGUUCAGUUUAUGGAAGAUGUUCACCUUGGCGUUUCCUUCGGCCUGUUUUAUUUGAAUAUCAGUUACAAAAAGACUCAGAAGGCAGCAAAUACAUAUUUAUAAAAUGCAGUUCUCUUACUUUUCUCAAAUAUUAUUCCUACUCUCUCGAGGGUCAGUGAACACAUCUGGUUGAUCCUUAAGUUUAAGAACUCCAGUUUAUUUUCUAAAACACUCGUUAUUUAGAGCCAGAUGAUGGAAAUGGACAAAAGCAUGAAAGUAAACUGAUCAUCUGAAGGGUUUGGAAGUAGAGUGGUCUAACUCACGCUCUGUAGUUUUUGAGAAAAAUGGGUUCAAAGUUUUGUGUUUUUAAGAAUGGACUAAUGUUCGAAGCGCCACUGUAACGCUAUAUUUGGGCUGUGGGUUCGACCACUUUGACACUAAAAUCUAGACCACUAAAUAUUACAGAAAUGACAUAAAACAGUUUGGAUUAUUUUGGGGGUUAGACCACUCUGCUUCUAGCCUAAUCCUAACUCUGUCUUGAAUAAUAUCCAAAAACAACAGCUGCACUAACUUCUCUAACAUCUAAAGCUGCAGAUGAGACAUUUCUGAGAAACAACAAACCGAUAACUGAGUAAUAAGCAUAUGGCAUUUACUGAAUUAGAAUCAUUUAUCAAAUCUUUAUAAGUUGUUCACUUGUUUAAAAAGUGAACCAAACACAAAAACAGAAACUGCGAUAAGUAAAUAUCCAACCUUAAGGCACAAAGAAUCUCCAUGAUGUUAUUGUCAUCUAAACAAACCCCAGAAUUUGAAAGUGGACGUACUUGAAACGGUUAGAUAAUCACCAAUUAUUUUAAUAAUCAAUUCAUCAGUUUUUUGCAUUUUUUUUUCAUGGAAAAAAAGACCAAAUUUUCUUAUUGCAGCUUGUUAAAUGUGAAGAUUUUCUGGAUUCUUUCCUCCUUUAUGACAGUAAACUAAAUAUCAUUGGGUUGUGUACAAAACAAGACAUUUGAGACUUUGACAAAUACAGAUCAACCAAACACUUAACUGGAAAAAUAACCUACAUAAUAAAAUAACUGUUAAAUUUGAGUCCUAAUCCACAUCCUCGGUCAUGUUCCUGUUGAGCAGUCACACUCAGAUUUUGUUUUUAUUCCUGGCUUUUUCUUUUCCAGACAAAACAAGACAACAAAGCAGCAUUUCUUCCUCCAACCAGAAGGUUGUCAUCAUGUUUUCUAGCAGUCAACCACAUGUGCAAACCCUAGAUUGUAGUUUUGAGUCUGCAGCUGUCUGCGGUGACGAAGGCAGAAACCAUGAAUCGGGUUGAAACCAGGACAUUCUGCUGUUUUUCUGGAUUUUAGAACUUUAAAUGUUGUGUCUCUGCUCUGUGGCGUUCACUGACCCUGUCUGGACCUUUUUUUUUUCAUUGAAAACAGCAAUGCUCCAAGUUGUAGAUGCAAAAGAUUUUUAAAAAAUUAAUACUGGUUCGACUUUAUAAGGCAGACAGUAUCAUUUAAACUGAUUUGCGAUGUUUUUACACUUUUUUUUGGAGAUAUGACACGUAAAGUCAGCUAAAAUCCCACGAGUUUGUGUUAAAUUAAGCAGUUAUUGGUCGAUCCUUCAACUGUCCUACAGAUGAUGUUUGUCCUGUAGUGGUGCCGGUAGUGUCAAAAAGGAAAAGAGACAACAAACUAGUUAAGAAAACUAAAAGAACAGUCACAAAUCCAGGUAUAACUUAACUCCGUAUCCAGAACAGAACCAUCCACAUAACUAAAUAUAAUUCCUGCAGAUCUGAGUCAUUCUGGAUUUUGUGAAGUUGAAGAAAACACCUGCAGUACUUCUAAUUUUAAUUCUUUCUUUCUUCUUUCUCACCUGUCCCUCUGUUGCGGCUUUAUCUGAUCUCACCUGUCAGCAGUGAGUCAGUAGCUCCCCCUGGUGGCUCUGACUCUGAAGUGCAAAGUAUUUUAAUUUCCCUGCACUUCAUAUUAUUUACGUUUGCACGAGCAGAAACACUUUUUUUUACUACUAACAGUUAUGUUCAUUAUCAGUUAAUGAAACUCAGCUUAAUACAGCUUUGUGUUAAUCUGUGAAACAGGUCAACAGAUAAAAGAUUUAAAAAAAAUACAUUUAAACAGCUGACAGUGUUGUUCAUAAAAAUAUAUCUUUAAAAAAAAAAAAACGCAAAACAGAAGAAAUCCUCACAUUUGUGAAGCUCAUACCAGAAAACAGGAGCUCGUAAAUGAUUCAUUAAUUAUCAAAAAUGAUCUCAUAUUGAUCAUAAUCUGCAUUUACACGUCAGAAAACAGAAGAAAAAUCGUUCCAGCAUCGACUGAUUCAGGAUUCAGCGUGAUUAAAGCAAUAUAAUCAAACGAACUACGCUGAGUGAAGAGGAGGAAAUAUUAAUGUGUUGCACUAUCUACUGUCUAACAGAGUGCUGGGAGCUUUUUAUUAUUCAGGUUAAUUCUUUAAAACGGCCAAAGACCAGCCGCUCAGACAUCCCGACUUUCCCAAAAACACUCAAAUCGUACAUCUCCCAUGAUUCAACGGGCAUGAUACAUUUAAAAAAAAAAAAAAAAAAAAAAAAAAACACUAGCAGUUGUUUUUUCACCAAACGUUCAGCUUCCCAUCAGGUAACUUGCAGAAACUUUUAACGUAUUGAUAUUUGUGUUUUCACAGCGGUCUAAAGCUACAAGAAAACUGAGCCAGUUUGUCUGCCAAAGAAUCAAACGUGGAACAAAUGAAUGUGGUCUUCGCUCAGUCAAUCAGUGAUAAAACCACUCAAACCAAACUAUUUCUUAAUAAGGUUAAAGAACCUAAUUAAACACGAAGGCGACUCCCUGACUGGUAUCUCUGAGAGGCGAAACUGAGCUGAAUUUAUCCCGUUUUCUUCAGUAAAAAUAAAAAGUGUAACUUCAGAUUUGAAAAAAGUCACAGAUGACAUUGAUGGAUUUACUGACAGUCAAAAUAUCAAUAUAUUCAUAUAGUGCCACUUUACUGUAGAGCUAACAGGAAAAACUAGACUAAAUUUGGGUGAAUUGUUAACAUCUGUAGAUUCUAAUCUUCAUUUUAAAGCCAUCGGAUGACUGUAUAUUUAAUAUAUGACAGUGCAGUGGGAUCUCAAAGACAGAUUUCACAGCAGAAUCACAUCACAGUGGUUUAAAUCAGCUAAAGGACGGCUCCUCUUCUACCACAUACAGCCUGAAUCAGUCAAUAACUCUUAAACUACCUUCAAACAACCAACCAAACUGGAUUAAUAUCAUCAACAACAUCUCUACUGUUGUUUUUCUACCACCUGCUUCAUCCCCAAAGCCCCAACAACAAUCAGUAUUUCUGGCAAAUAAUGAACUUUAGCCAUAACCGAAUGUCAAGCAAUAAUGUAAAUGUUGUAUUUUUAAUCUUUGUGUAUAGUUUUAAAAACACGGCAUGUCGACGCGGAUUCUAAUUUAAAGUUAGGAUUAAUUUAUCUUCUGACUCUUCUGUGUUAUUUUCGUCUCGACCCGUCGUGUAAUCACACGUUUUUCUCCCUCCAUGCCACUUUAAGGUGAUUUUAUGAAUUUAUUCUGUACAGGAAAAACACGGCGACCGAUGCCCGCCGAGCAUCGAAACUGUUCAUCUGUUGAUUUCUGAGCAUCAUCGUGUAAGAUAUCUGGUUUGAUAUGCACAGCUCUCAGUUUAGCUUUAGUUUAGUAACGGAGAGCGUUUUGUGUUUUUAAUAAGCGUGUGGUGCUUUUUGUUAGCAGAGGUCUGGAUUUUACCAACUAUGCCACAUUGUAUGUUUCUUCACAGGGUAACAAACGCGCAAAAAAGGAAUAUUCUGGUUUUUAACAACGUGACGGCAACAUUUUCAGAACGGCAGCAGGUCGUUUAAUGACGCCCAAUCAAUACUGAGCUUUUACAGAAACUAAAAUUCAGGGUACAUUUUUUUGGGAGGGAUUUUCAAAGCUGGAAAUUUCCACCUGAUUUCCGUCCUAAGUUGUACAAAACCAGAAUUUUGCUUUGAAGUAUUAUGAUAAUGAAACGUCAUAGUACAGGAUGUUAUUGCCGAAGCUGCACCUGUAUCAGCGUGUCGGACUCGGACUGUCGGUUUCUUUGUUUAAAUUGCUAAAACGUGACUUUUUUUUGAUACAAAACAGAGCUGCUGUAUCUGACAUGUAAAAAAAACCCCAAUAAAACAGAGAAGAGAGAAAUGCA